CUCUUUCUCCAUCUCUUUCAUCAAUGCUUUCUUUCUCUCUCUAAAAUACCAUUUUCUUUCUCUUGCCAAGAAAAACCCAUCCAAGGAGUAGAUCGGACAUAACUGGUGAUGAUAAAAGAAGAUCUGGUGUUAUGCUGAACUAUUUGGGAAGCGAAGAGACAGAUAGUAACAGUGGAAGAAUCAAAUGUUCUUAUCCACUGAGAACCCACCACAUGACCCACUUACCUCUCCUUCUCCUUCCAGUUUAUUACAUCUCAUCACCACUUCUUCAGAUGAGUUAGGUCAAUCCCAUCUCCAAAACUUCUCCAUCAGAGAUUACGCGUAUAGUAACAGGAAGAACAACAUCAAGAACAGCUGGCCAUUUUCUCCCAACAGUCUCCAACUUUGUUCAACUCAUGGCGUAACUGAUCCUUUACCACCCUUUCAGAAAUAUUCCAACGUAAGUAACAAGUUUAAGACAACGGCUAGUUCAUCCUCAGGGAAGAGAGACUUGUCUAAACUUGGUGUAAAUCAGACAUUAGCAGAGACUAGAAAAGGAGUCUGUAGCCAAUCAAGGAUCUUCACGGAGAAUGGUUUUGGUACGAGCACAAGUGUUUCAAAGUCUAAGGUAGAGAUAGUAGUAGCUGGCACAAGUAGUAAUAACAAGAACAAUAAAAAGUGUGGACGAGUAGGAAUGGUGAAAUCCAAAGAAGAUACUUGUGGUGGUGGUGGUCUUGUGAUGACGACAACAACAUGUCCUAUUUGCAAAACCUUCUCAUCAGCUUCCAACACUACUUUGAAUGCUCACAUCGAUCAGUGUCUGUCUGCUGAUUCAGAACUGCCACCGGUUAGUACUUAUAAGCCAAACAAGCCUAGAGUCGACCAGUGUCUGUCUGUUACUCCACCGGUUAGUACUAAACCGAACAAGCCUAGAGCUAAGCCACUGAUGAAAGUUAAAACUAUGGUUGAUAUUUAUGCUUCUGCUAAACCAUGCACAUUAGAAGAUCUUGACAAGAGAAAUGGAACUACGUGGGCGUCUGUUUUGAGCCAUACGAAUCAGGCUGUUGCUGGUAAGUCUGAAGUGUCCAAGAAGCGGAAAGUUCCACCUGUGGGUGUUGGUCCUGUUUAUAUUGAUGCCAAGGGACAAAAACUGCGGAUUUUAACAGAGUUCAGUGAGAAGAAGACUUCUACUACUAAUACUACUACUCCGCUGAGAGAGCAGCACGAGGAUGGUAGUAAAGAAAGCAGUAAAAGCUUGAGGAAGAGAAGUGGAGGAAAGAAACAUUACAAGUAUCUUAAACUAACCAAACUCAAAGCCAAUACAUCAGAGAUACAUGAGUGUCAAAGAGGGUUUUCUGGAGAAGGUAGCAGCACAGGUCAUCGUAGAAUCUAUAAUCAGCGGAUGUUAUCAAAACGUGGUGUGAUCUCAAAGAAGCUAAGCGAGAAAGGACAUAAACUUUAUACUUUGCGGGAUCAGCCAUCUGAGGAUGAUGAUGAUGAGGAUUCAUGGUCAGGAGAAGAGCGUCUUGUGUUGAGAGGUACUGAUUCAUCUCCUUUGAAUAAACAGAAGGAACUCUCUGGAAGGAAUAAGACUAUGUUUGGGAGUAAAGGAGCUCAAAGUCGUUCAUUUAGAGAUCAAAUGAGUCAAAAGGAGGAGAAAUCACUUACAAGAACUCAUUUAGACAGUGUCCAAUUCAAGAAGAGGCUUGCUUCGAUUCAAGAAGAUAAGUAUCCACUUGAAAAGAAUGUCAGAGAGGUUGCAACUAGCAUGAGAAAGUUGUCUGCACCAUUAGUGUCAAAUGGCUGGAGACAACAGUCUCUGCCUUUGGAGCUAAAGAAAGCUAGGUUGGAUAUGUCAGAGGAAGACGAAGAUGAAGAAGAAGAAGGUGGGAAAUGGGAAUCUGAAAUGACGCAAGAACGUGAACUAUCAGAAGAUGAUUAUGUUUCUGGUGAUGAUAAUAGUCCUUCAUUUAGUAGAUACGAUGACGAUGAUGAUGACGAAGAAAGUAGUAAAGAGGAGGAGGAGGAAGAUGAUAGCAACAACAGUAGAGCCAAUGAUGCUACACCAUCUACCAAUGAAACCAUACUUAGCGAGAGAGCAACGUAUUACUCUGAAGAAGUUGGUGAUAUGAUCUACGGACAAACCACUUGUGAUGAAGAUGUGAGGUUUGGUUCUGAGGUGAGAGGAAAAGGAAGCUUGUUUGUAGAGGUUGAUACCAUUCCCAUCCCAGGACCUCCUGGAUCAUUUCUACCGAGUCCUAGAGAUAUGUGUUAUGAUGAGAAUCUUGGAAACUCGUCUGUUAUUACAAGCCAGAUACAGUCUUUUGACAGAAACUCAUCUGAAUCACCUGUUUCAAACUUUGCUGCUGGUAGAUUGAGUUUUCCUGUGGAGUUGUCUUCUUCCUACACGACAACCCCAGUGAGCUUUUAUGUUCCAUCUCAUCAUGAGACAAUCACUGAGGCUGAGACAAGUACCGUUGACAAGACAGAACCACCUCCAAGACUUAGAAACAACGAUGAUCAGUCUUGUUUUUGUUGCCAGAGAAAAGAGAGAAUCUCUGAGGGGAUUGCUUUGAAUCAUCAUCAAACAUCUCAUCUACUGCAGAGAAGAACCGCAGCUUAUUCGUCAACCAAACCUCCUCCCACACGUUUGGAUCCAAACCAUCCGUUUGAGCAGUUACCAUACAUGGCCCAGCAAGAUUUAGAUCUUCAGAGUAAAUUCUCAAACAGAGCUGUUGUUGUGCCUCCAAGUCCUAACCCGGUUUUGCGGUUAAUGGGAAAAGACUUGAUGGUCAUGAACCAAGUAGAAGCAUCUAAGGAUAGCUUUAAACCACCCACUCAGUUUCUUGAUCCACCUCCUUGUGCUGGAACUGGCUUAUACCUCAACACGGGUCUCUAUUUAAGAAACAGUUUCGAGUCAACAGAUCAACCACAGACACAAACACAAGCUUCAUCAAUCAGAAACAAUUUUUGAUCAUGUGAGGUACCUUUCUCCAAGCUAGUCAACGUAAAAUUCUGGAGUACUUUGGACCUCUGUGCAGUUUUACUAAGAAACUGAGAAGUGGGUUCUCUUUGAAAAACGAUCAUCGAACAUGAGUGCAUAGGUAGAGUUCGGUUGUUCUACGGCAUUUUCGAUGCUUUUUUGUGUCUGUCUGUAGACUUUGUGUAGUUAUGGACGGACCUUAUUUUUAACACUUAAAAAAAAUAACAAACACUCUGUACAGUAGAAGAUAAAAAGUAACUUUAUGUUUAAGGUUUGGUUUUGGUUCGAUAAAACAAAAAAAGUUGGGUUUAGUUCAGA